UGUUGUGGUUCUGACAKCCCUUCGUCGGAAGAAUGGCGGUCGAGCACAAAAGUUCUCGAGUUCUUGCCGACCAAAAUGAGGAUGUCUUUUCCUCUGGCGUCGAUUAUGAACCGAAAACAAGAGAUAGYGACUCACCGCAAUUGUCGCGACGGUCUCUGAGUCAACUAGAAGACCACGAAAAGAGCGGCAUUCCUCUAAACUCGCCAUGGACUUUGUGGCAUGACAGAUAUGUUCGAGGUGCAACAGCUGCAGAAUAUGCUGCAAAUCUUCGUAAAAUCUAUACUUUUCACACAAUUCAGAGUUUCUGGAGUGUGUAUAACAAUAUCCCCAAAACAUCYUGCUUGGGAUCCAGAGCAAGCUACCAUUGUAUGCGUGGAGAAAGACGGCCAAUAUGGGAAGAUGAAGAAAAUGCCAAUGGUGGUUAUUGGAAGAUGAGAUGCCCUAAACAACACACUGAUGAGGUUUGGAAGGARUUGUUAUUGGCAGCAAUUGGAGAACAGUUUGACAGCUGUAUGGGAAAAGGUGAUCAGGUUUGCGGUGUAAGUGUAAGUCUGCGAGACAGGGAUGACAUUAUUCAAAUAUGGAACACCAAUGCAUCUUGUGAAGCUGAUUCAACAAUACUUGAUAAAGUUUACUCUUUAGUAUCACAUGUGGAUUUACGGGAYUCAUUUUAUAAAUGUCAUAAAGAACACAGUGCAUUUGAAGGACAGCGAUUCAGUGCAACAAAGCCUCCAGGUUUUCCUUAUGGUCAUAAUUAAUUUUAUAUCUAAACAUCUUGAUUUAUUAAGUUACUGUGAAAUCCCUUGUAGAUCAUGAUGAAAGGGGGAUGGAGUGUGUAUAAAUGUCAUUCGUGAUUUGUGAUGAGAAGUAUUUUMAUACUAGGAAAAAAAGUCCAAAAUGCUUGAUACUGAAAAUCAAGAAUACAAGGGCUUUCAGAGUAAAAUUGAUUUUGAGUAGUUAUGAUGUCUCAUGCAGUCAUCUCCAUGCAGGGAAGUGUUUUCAAGUUAUUUUUGUGAAAUUUUGUUUUGGGUUUGUUUUUGAAAUUUUCUUGUAAAAUUAAAAAACUUUCCUUUUUAGCCUCAUUUAAGUCUAGAAGAAUUUGAAAAGAAAAUCCAAACAAUUUUUUGAAAUAGCCAUAAAGUAGGUCUUUUGUUCUUGAGAAAAGAGAGGAAUAAAAG